ACUCAUAAUUUAUAACUAGUUCCUACGCUUAUUUUGCGAAGUUGACGUUCAAUUAAAUGUUAUGUACCAGAUAUUGCAGUGCUGUGUUUAAUGGUCAAAUGCAAAAUGCGUGAUAGAGGCAUCUUCUACACUCCAGGAAUACAUUGAAUUUGCAUCCUCAGCAAAACAAUUUUACGGUAUUUUAAGCAGUUGAAGUUUAUGCUGACUGUCGGUGUGUUGCAGUUAAAUCCAGGCAUAUUUCACUUAUUACAACUUUUUUUAAUCAAUGAUUAAACAUACUGUUAAAUGAAAAAUUUAAUCAAAUACUGUUGAUUCAAAGAAACGUCCACUUAAUAGACAUUAUCAGUCAACAAUUCUAUUAUAUAGUUUUCAGUUUGUCAUCAAUAAGAGUGUCAGGUAGCAACACCGUUUUGCAACCGUACCACAAAAAAAAAGGAUCUACACAAUUGUGACCUACGCAUGGCAGACGCAAAGAGAAGAUCUAUUCUGUAAUUGAGGUUUCCGAUGCGAGUGUGAAAAACCAGUAUAGGGAGUACACAAUACGUCAAUACAUUAUCGACCACCCGCGCCUUAAGUCGUUUACAUUAGAAAAUUCCGUAUCGAAAUAAUGACCACGUGUUCAAUUACCAACACCGCCUCCCAUUCCCAUUUACCUAUUAAUUAUUAUGAUUCCCCAUAUCAUGACACAGUAGCUGCCGACAUCUGGGUAGCGAUGACAGUUGUCGUUCUACCUUCGUACCGGUUCGAUCGAAAUACGCUUUCCGUGAGCCUUCGCCGCGUGUGCCACACUCCAAACACUUGACGUAUCAUCCCAUCACCCGGUCUAAUACGGAGAGUAUAACCUGCUUAUAAAAGAAAUCGCUCGGUCCCGCCUAAUUUUUCCGUUAUAAAGAAACAGAAAAAAAAAUCAAGACUACAUUAUUCAGAUACGCUCGUCGGCGGGAGGAAUUUUGUACGCAGAAUUCAAUAGAAUCCAAUUUAACGAUGGACAAACGACCGUAUCUCAGUCAGAACAACUGGAACCAACAUUAUGCGACUUACUUUGUCAGUCAGGGCAAUCCAUCCGAACAGCGCGCUUGGAUGCAAAACACCAACGUUAGAACGGGCUCCGGCGGAUCGUUGCCCAGUCGAGUAAACGAAUCAAUCGGUUUCGACGGUUUUCCGCCGAUCCCGGUAAUCGGUUCGUAUGGUAAUCCGCCAUCGCAGUCGACCGCAUUUUCGCGUCCCACAGAACACGUCUCCUACGCCGGAACAUCUAACGACUCGGCCUCAUCGUUUUCCACCGAUUAUUCGGUAUUCGUAUCGGCCGCAGAGGUGGAAAAAGUUUUCGGGGACAUGAUUUACAACGGAAAAAAUAAUCCUGAACGACUAUCGCGGAACACGCGUGAUUAUCCGCAACAAAAUUAUAUUCACGCCAACACCAGUAUCUACAGCGGCAACAACAACAAUGGAAGCAGCAGCAGCAACAACUACGUCAACAACGGCGGAAACAGCAGCAUCGGCAACAGCAACUACGUUAAACAACAUACAAUGUGGUCGAAUAGCGUUUACUUGCCCGAGAACCGUUCGUCGUACCGUAACGUUGAAGAUCCCGGGUCGCAGCAUUCGCCGCAGAUGCAAUUUGCUUUGCAACAACCGCAAAACGUUGUUUACGGUGGCGAACGAACGACGUGGCGGAUGAAUCCACCUAGCGUGCAGGAGGAGUACGGGAACCGUCGCGCACCGGUCACUGGUUUCGGUUCUGUCCGAUUGCAGUCGACCGCGGUUACCACGGCGUUUCCCGGUCCAACGGAACCCUUGUACCUGGAAAGCUCUACCGAAGUCGCGAACGAUUUGUUUUUCGACGACCGUCAAGGGCAUAUGCCGUCGUUUCUCGCGGAACAACUUAUCGACAUGAUGAAUGAACAAACAUCGUCGUUCUCGGAACAACCUGACGACGUGAUGAGCGCACAGACGAACGGCUACUGCAGUCCGGAGUCGCCGUCGAAAAGCCAUUACGGUCCACCACCGAACAAUAUGAAUAGCGAUGGCAACGGUUACAGUGCCGACGGCGCGCAACCGGCGCGUAACCAAAAUCAUUACGGUGAUUCCAAUGGGACCGGGCGCGACCGAUCGCCGCAUCACCGAACUGUCGUGAGAGACUUCGAUCGGAGUUCACAGCAAUCGCUACGCUUCGAAAGCGGUGCACGAAUGUCGACCGCCCCCAUGGAUAAUAAAUAUUCCUCGGUUGUAGGUGUCAACACGAUUGUCAACGCCGGAUCUUCGUCGGGUCCAUACAACAGCUACGACACUGAUUAUCCUGUUGUCGGGGUUUCGCCGAGCGAGGCGGACAAGACUGCCAGUCCGACUGGCACGGAGUCCGCGUCAUGCCCUCCCGUCGACAGCGGGCCGAUUGAAAAUCUCGAUUUUACCGAACGUCCGAAGUCCGAGGCGGUCGUUAACGGGAACCCGCGGAUUGCCGACAGCAAUGCGAAUGCAUCGCUGCCAGCACGAUGCCACGGACCGGAGAGUAACGAAACCUCGGCAUCGCCCGUCGUUACUGCUGCUACGUCAGUACCGUCGGUCAAUAUAUCUAAAAUCGAAACGGUCGAGAAAGUGCCGACUUUGAAGUCGGACUGUGAUAAUAGCGGUUCCAAAAAGGUAAUCGCGAACGAAACAACAGACCAUAAUCAACCCAAGGAGCAACUGCACCGUGGCGUCAAACGGCACCGGUGCCAAGACUGCGGUAAGUGUUUCAAUUAUCCACACGAAUGGAAACUGCAUAAAAAAACGCACAUGAAUGUCAAGCUCUAUACGUGCCAUAAAUGUAGGGAAUCGUUCCCCCUACUGUUUUUAUUCGAAUCCCACAAUUUUCGCAAACACUCUAAAUAAUACAGACGUAUAAUCGAUCUUAUGCCAAGAUCCUUGGCCCUACCGUCUACAGUAUAUACUACAACUUGCAUUGCAUGCAUAUUAUUCUUGACAAGUAUUAUAAAACAUUAAAUUCAGUAUUGGUGUCGCUAAACUACGUAAGAAAACGAGCACUUAUUUGCCGAUAUUUAUCAGCUCAAGUUGUACGCAGUAAACAAGUUUAAUAGAGUUUCAAUUUUCAAGUUCAUCGAUAGCUGUUUCGAGAACAUUCGCUUCUAGUUUUAAGUAGUUCUAGUAUAUAUAUGCACUCAAGGUGUUUUUGAUUUUAAUUAUUUUUGAUUAUAAUGAAA